ACUUCAUUCUCACCAUGUCUUCUGAUCCUACUGACUUUAAGUUAAAAUACGUGCCAAUUGAUGGCUCCAACCAUGAAUUGACCUCUUGUAAACCUCCGGUCGAACUUGACUUGGCCAAGGAGUUUGCCAGUGGUAAGACAGUGGUGGUGACAGGAGCUCCUGGUGCUUUUACUCCUACUUGUACUGAGCAACAUAUUCCUGAUUAUUUGAAGCAUAUCAAGGACUUCAAGGCCAAAGGUGUGGACCGUGUGAUUGUUCUCACUGCCAAUGAUCCGUUUGUGAACGCUGCCUGGGGAAAGGCCCUUGGGUACGUUGACGAUGAAAACUACUUUGUGUUUGCGUCUGACCCGGAGGCAAAAUUCUCCAGCAAAUUGGGUGGUGAUACCUAUGCGGUGGAUAUGUCGAAGGCCGGCAUGGGAAUUAGAACCUCACGGUACACGUCGAUCAUCAAGGACGGAAGUUUGACGUUCCUCGGGAACGAAGAUACCUUAGGGUUCUCUGAUAUUUCGGCUGCUUCCACCGUGCUCGAGCGGUUGUAAACAUGUAAUUGUUUGUAUUGAAUGUAUCAUUUUGAGUAAC